AUGGAAGAUGAAGAUAUUAGUGAUCACCGAAACCCUGUAUACAACAUUCCUGGCAAAAUGGAAUCUACGUUUCCCGACUUUUUAUCCAAGCCAACCCCGCUUGGUCCAUCAGGUACUACAAGCCUGCUAGGUAUGCCUGGAAUGACAUCUUCCGCCAUGAUGGCUGCUGCUGCAAAGGCGCUUGGUUUGAAUGCUGUUCCUGGGGUGUUGCCACCUACGCAGUUAAAUACAAUCAAUUCUCACAAUCGCUUUGGAUCUACUAACCUUCGAAACUAUGAACACAAUAGAAAUGGAUUCUCUCCUGGAGCAUCCGACUCAGAAAAGGAAUCAAAAGCUACGAGGACUCUGUUUGUCGGAAGUUUGGAACCAGAUAUAACCGAAAAAGAGGUACUCUCUGCGUUUGAGAGAUAUGGGUAUGUUGAACAAAUUGAUAUUAAGCGUUCUCCUAAACCCGGUGCACAUUCCUACGCAUUUGUGCGCUUCCAAAAUGUUGAUAUGGCUAGUCGUGCGAAAAUGUCCAUGUCUGGUCGUUUCGUUAGAUCUCUGCAUUGCAAAAUAGGCUAUGGUAAAGCGAUCCCAUCUCAAUGUUUGUACAUUAGUGGAUUGGAAUCCUGGACUUCUACUGAUUCACUGCAACGUAUGUUGUUUCGUUUUGGGCAACUCACAUAUUUUGACUGGUCUCCUAGACGUAAAUACGCCAUCGCCAUGUAUGACAGCUGUGAAUCAGCGCUUGAAGCUAAUAGACAAUUAAAAUGUCUCUCAGCAAAUAGUCGUCCAAACCUGAGACUUCGUGUAGACUUUAUAAACCCGGAAUUAAUUCAUCCAAAACCACAGACUUUAAGCAAGACGGAGUCUAACAUGGAAGGUGACAAUCAAAACAACCAAAUGUCAGAGCCACGAAGCGCUCUGAUUAGAUCUGAUACUGGAGUUCCUAUAACCACAAAUAACUGUCGUAUUCGGCCAAAUGAACAUUUUGAUGGAGGACCUUAUACAAUGAAUCAUUAUGGCAUAGACGAUCCUGCGGGCGAUAAGAAUCUCCCUAGUGUACGACAAUUACCUCAUUUAAAGCCUUCUUUUCAUAUGUCUAAUCGAUAUCACACAAAUAAUCGGAACAUGCUUCGCUACUCAGACAACCACGGUAUACUCACCCCAGUAGAAGAUAUUCCAUCUAACCUGAAAUCGAUCGUCACUCUCCAGGAACUAGAUCAAUAUCUGCAGCCGGAUUUAUGGAAAGGAAAGUUCUUAUUAAAAAAUGAUCACUUCUACUUCCGUUGUUUGAUGUUAAUCGGAAAUAAAGAUAUUUGUAAAGAUUUACUAGAUUAUGGUGAUGAUAGCAGUAAUUCCGAUCGAUUAUGUAAUCCAACUUUGCGUAUUUCACGCCGCGGAACUCUUGAUGCUUCAUGGAUGGCUGAAGCCACGCAUCGUAUUCACAAUGUACUAUCUACAGCUCGUCAUAAUUUAUGCCUCAUGCUAAUAUUACCCGAUAUGGAGCAAACCAAUAAAUGUCUACACAAAGAAUCAAAACAAGAUAAUCAGUCGAAUUCUGAAACUACAAAUAUAAAAACAACAACAACAACAAAUCAUUGUUUUUCAUUGCAUGCUUUAAUUGCUUAUUUAAAAUUAAAACAAUCAGCCGGUAUAAUUUAUCCAAGUGCAGAGAAAAUAUCACAAGAAUUAUUGAAUAAUAGCUUAGACAAAACAACUACCAUGCAACAAUCAUCUUUAAUAGUAUAUUUAUUUGCACCAAGUAGUUUUGCGUUAAGCUUAUUAAAACAAGCAGCACCUUGUUUAAGUUCAGAUCUAGCAACAACAAGUGAUUAUAUGGUUCUUUUAACACUUAAACGGCAAGAUAAAAAAACAAACCAUUUAAUAUGA